GUGGCGCCCGCGUCCUUUGCGCAGCGACGACGGCAUCUGGGACAGACCGGGCGCCCGGCGCACCGCGGAUGGCGAGUGUGGCUUCCUCUGCGGAGCCGCGAGCAAGACCGGGGCCGCGGUGGCCGCGAGCCUGCGCCUCGUCCCAGAGAUGCCCGUGUCCGCGCCGCUUCGAGGCGUUUGCCCCGAGCCGUCGCGGUGGGUGCAGGGGUGCCUGGCAGACUGUGCCGAGCUCGGAGUCGCGCAUCAGGAAUGCGCCGCGCCCGCUCCGUGGGCCGCCUGCGCCAGGCUGGCCCCUCCGGUGGCCGCAGAGCCGAACGAAUGGGCCACGCAGGCCCGAGUCGCCCUGCGGAGGGCUGGCGUCGUCCGGGAGCAAGCGGCAGGCAUCGCGCUCCACUCGGGCAAGAAAGCCGCGCUGACGUGGUCGUGCACGUCGGGGACAUUCUUGAAGCGGGCGAUCUGCAUCGACGCUAGUGUGCUUCAAUGCGUGUUCAGCAGUCAGACUGGCGCGCCCUCGACUGUGCUUGUCGCGGCGGCAGACAAGAAAAGACGCGGCGUGGUCGACUCGGCAGCGCGGAGCGGGCCCAGCCAACCGAUGGGUCUGUUCGUUCGAAAGUGGUGGGGUCUCAGCGCGCGUGGGUUCAAUUUCCGCAAUGUGCGCGUGGUCCUGGACGCCCGCGCAGCGAUUGGCCCCGGCACUCUAGCCGACUGCCGCGGCGUCCUACCAAGGGUUUGCGACCGCGCCGUCAGUCCAGGCCUGCUGCCCCCGCCAGCGAGGCCGCCGCGCCGAUCUGUGUGCGCGCUGCAGCAGGGCCAUGUUGCAGGCGUCAUGCCACCAGGCGUCGCCAAGCUGAGUGGGCCACCGGGCUGA